UGCGUUCAUCGAGACUUGGCUGCUCGGAAUAUACUACUGAAUGACAAACUGGUAUGCAAAUUAUCUGGAUUUGGAUUGGCAACUGACGUCCUUGAUCAACGCGAUUAUGAGAAAAGAACUCAGGGACGUUUACCAGUUCGCUGGAUGGCACCGGAGUCUAUAUUGGAUGGCGUGUAUACCAAUAAAAGCGAUGUAUGGUCAUAUGGUAUUGUUUUGUGGGAGAUAGCAACACUAGGUGGCGUACCAUAUAACGACAUGUCAACGCAGGAAGUGAUCGAGUCUGUGCAGGACGGAUAUCGAAUGCCAAGACCAGAUAAAUGUCACCAAGACCUGUUUUCAGCAAUGAAACGUUGUUGGGCAGAUAAUCCAGAGCGAAGACCUGCGUUUCAGAAGUUGACAAAGAUAUUGCAAGUCAUUUUAGAUGGCGAUAAG